AUGGAGUCCGACAGUGACUCUAGCUUGAGCGAGUACCGACCAAGCGCAUCGCUGUCUAGAACGAGACGCAACAGGGAGAGGAGUCGAAAGUCUGGUAGCCGUCGCGAUCGCGAUGCCUCUCCCAUCGAGGCUGCACACGAGCAGCGCCAACGUAAACCCAGCGCUCGAAGGCAGGAAUUGAGGGCGGCGCUUACGGAACGCCACUGGCUGGACGAAGGCUGCAGGCCAUGCAGGGUUGCAGGUGUGCGGUGCGAGGCGCCAACGCCUGGUGAUCAUCGCGAAAAGUGUGCGCGAUGCUCGGAAAAAGGGGAAUCAUGCGACCAUCGAUGGAUUCUAGAACAGCGAUCCGUCACCGCAAUGAUGAAACUUCUCUGCGAGCAGCCGAUCAUUGACGUCGCUUCUCCCGCCUUUCUGGCGGUAGAGAGACAGGUGUACGGCAAGCACCUGGGAGGGCCGUUUGACAAGUGCAAGGACUAUCCUGAUGCUUCGUCGUCGGGCGCGCAAGCAAGCACCUCGAGUGCGCACCAAAGCAACGAGCAGCCGAGUGGCUCCAACGCCGCAGCUGAGUCUUCCAGCGCUGGACAAUAUAACGGUGACGACCAACUCGAGCCGCACGCUGCUGUUCUCACCGACGAGCCUGCCGCCUCCUCAUCCGUCUUGUCGUCCUUCUCAACUUGCUCUUCCCCGUCGUCCGCCUCGUCCGUCUCCUCUUCUUCAUCUUGCUCGUCCGCGUCCCCCGCCUUUACUUCCUCCUCAUCAGCCUCCUCACUGCCUAUUCGCAGGCUGCGCGGGCUCGGAAUGGUUCACCGCAGUGACACGUUUGAAGUGUCGUUCGUGCCGCGCUCGUUGCUGGCGAAUGAGGCGUUGGAGGAGCAUUACUGCGAUGUCACGCGCAACAAUCAGCGGACAAUGGAGCAGUUGCGUUACGGAUUGAUGGGCCAAGGCCUGUCCACCGAAGAAGAGCUGGACAUCCUGCGUGACAACUUCCAGUCGAAUUACGAGGCUUCCGGCUUUUCAGGCGAUCUGAGCACUCUCGGCCAAUCCAAGCUCAAGCUACAGUCACACUCUGCUCCGCUCCGCACCGCCUCCGUCCAUCUUUGCUUGCUCGCCAUCUUCGCUCGCUUCGUUCCGGCUCCAUCAUCGCAACCACCAGCGCGCGCGAUCGCAACCGCCAACACACGCUCCUCUUCUCUUCGCUUCUUCCAUCUCGGUCUCGGUCUCGGUCUCGCUUUCGCAUCGCGCGCUGGUUCGCUCCGCCUCGCCAUCCUCAUCAUCCACUUUGAAGCAUCUCGAUUCAUCGUCUGCUCCGCCAACACCCGGAUCCGCAGCUCCAUUCCGUCCACACGGCCUCCCAGCGAACCCACCCACGUCGUCGCAAUUCCUACACGCUCAAGCUUAAUCCUCGCCAAGUCCUCCCCGCACUCCUAA